GAGACUCGGGCCGUGCUCCCGCCUCGUCACCACCCUCCCGCCCCCGAUCUUCGUGACUCCUUGAGCACCCUUGCCAGUGGCCCCAGCUGAGGGGCCUAUCUGCCAAACUCGCACCAAACUUGUCCGCCUUGGGCUUAGGAUCCUUCAUUCUAAGGACUCCUCUGGAGCGGGUGGACUGAGAGCUAGCAGCCCCCCUCCCCCUGCGCCCCGCCUCUCUCUCCCUCUCUCUCUUUCUGUCUCUCCUGCCUUCUUUUUGGGGAGGAGCUCUCUGCGAUCUGGAGAGUCCCCGAGGGUCACCGGCCGCAUUGCGCUCGCUCUUCCGUCUCGCCUUCACCUGGAUAUAAUUUGCGUGAGAAGCUGCCCCCAGGAUGACCACGCUGGCCGGCGCUGUGCCCAGGAUGAUGCGGCCCGGCCCGGGGCAGAAUUACCCACGCAGCGGCUUCCCGCUGGAAGUGUCCACCCCCCUCGGCCAGGGCCGGGUCAACCAGCUUGGAGGAGUUUUUAUCAACGGCAGGCCUCUUCCCAACCACAUCCGCCACAAGAUUGUGGAGAUGGCCCACCACGGCAUUCGGCCUUGUGUCAUCUCUCGCCAGCUGCGCGUGUCCCACGGUUGCGUCUCUAAGAUCCUGUGCAGGUACCAAGAGACAGGCUCCAUCCGUCCUGGUGCCAUUGGAGGCAGCAAGCCCAAGCAGGUGACAACGCCUGAUGUGGAGAAGAAAAUUGAGGAAUACAAAAGAGAGAACCCGGGCAUGUUCAGCUGGGAAAUCCGAGACAAAUUACUGAAGGAUGCUGUAUGUGAUCGGAACACUGUGCCCUCAGUGAGUUCCAUCAGCCGAAUCCUGAGGAGUAAAUUUGGAAAAGGAGAAGAGGAGGAGGCAGAUCUAGAGAGGAAGGAAGCAGAGGAAAGCGAGAAAAAGGCUAAACACAGCAUCGACGGAAUCCUGAGCGAGCGAGCCUCAGCGCCUCAAUCGGACGAAGGCUCGGACAUUGACUCUGAACCUGACUUACCACUCAAGAGGAAGCAGCGCAGGAGUAGAACCACCUUCACCGCUGAGCAGCUGGAGGAGCUGGAGCGCGCUUUCGAGAGAACUCACUACCCAGACAUUUACACCAGGGAGGAGCUGGCCCAGAGGGCGAAGCUUACAGAGGCCCGUGUGCAGGUCUGGUUUAGCAACCGCCGUGCAAGAUGGAGGAAGCAAGCUGGGGCCAAUCAACUGAUGGCUUUCAACCAUCUCAUUCCGGGGGGAUUCCCUCCCACCGCCAUGCCGACCCUGCCAACAUACCAGCUGUCGGAGACCUCUUACCAGCCCACGUCUAUUCCACAAGCCGUGUCAGAUCCAAGCAGCACUGUUCAUAGACCUCAACCGCUUCCUCCGAGCACGGUACACCAAAGCAGUAUUCCUUCGAAUCCAGAUAGCAGCUCUGCCUACUGCCUUCCCAGCACCAGGCAUGGAUUUUCAAGCUAUACAGACAGCUUUGUGCCUCCGUCGGGGCCCUCCAACCCCAUGAACCCCGCCAUUGGCAAUGGCCUUUCACCUCAGGUAAUGGGACUUCUGACCAACCACGGUGGGGUACCGCACCAGCCCCAGACCGACUAUGCUCUCUCCCCUCUCACUGGGGGCCUGGAGCCCACGACCACGGUGUCAGCCAGCUGCAGUCAGAGACUGGAACAUAUGAAGAAUGUGGACAGUCUGCCCACAUCUCAGCCCUAUUGUCCUCCCACCUAUAGUACCACAGGCUACAGUAUGGACCCUGUCACAGGCUACCAGUACGGGCAGUAUGGACAAAGUAAGCCUUGGACGUUCUAGGGGGCAAUUCCUCCUGGAAGGGAGAGCCGUCAGCUCUUGUCUGAGAAAGAGGAACUGGAAGCAUGCUUAAGCCUUUCAUCCCAGUAUCAGUUUUGUGGCAAAGCCAGCUGAUUGCUACAGCUCAGGCUCCCUUGUGUAAUUAUUUUCUUAGCUGAUGUCAAUAACAUCUUGCAGUUAUUAAUUGCUGGGACGUAAAGCCGGAUUGUCAGUAGGUAAAACACAGAGGUUGGCCAAAAUGAAAUAACCUCUGGCAUUAGAAACACAUGUUCUUAAUGAGGUCAGCGCCAGGAUCAUAUGGGGAUAAGCCCGGGACACAGAGUUGUGUCAAACUUGUCUCAGGAAUAAAAAUAUUAGUCUCGA